CGUAACGCGGCGGCAGCUCCGUCAGGGCGAAGACGGGCGACGGGCGGAGAGAGGCAGAGCGGCCGCGUCUUCGCUUCCCCUUCAGGCUCAGCCGGCCAUGGCCAUGGACACCAGCGGCAAGGAGAAGGAGGCGCUGCAGCUCCUGGCGGAGGCCGACAAAAAAGUGCGCGGCUCCCAAGGCUUCUUCUCGGGCCUCUUCGGGGGUGGUUCCUCCAGGGUCGAGGAAGCAUGCGAUAUCUACGCAAGAGCAGCCAACAUGUUCAAAAUGGCCAAGAACUGGAGUGCUGCAGGGAACGCUUUCUGCCAGGCCGCUCAGCUGCACCUCCAGUUGCAGAACAAGCACGACGCGGCCACCAGCUUUGUGGAUGCCGGCAACGCUUUCAAGAAAGCUGAUCCUCAAGAGGCCAUUAACUGUCUCCUCAGAGCGAUUGAGAUCUACACAGAUAUGGGCCGUUUCACCAUUGCAGCCAAGCACCACAUAACGAUAGCAGAAAUCUACGAGAUGGAGCUGGUGGAUAUAGAAAAGGCAAUAGCCCAUUAUGAGCAAGCUGCGGAUUAUUACAAAGGUGAAGAAUCUAACAGCUCUGCUAACAAAUGUUUGUUGAAAGUGGCCACCUACGCGGCUCAGCUGGAGCAAUACCAGAAGGCCAUUGAGAUCUACGAGCAGGUGGGCACCAGCGCAAUGGACAGCCCCCUCCUGAAAUACAGUGCGAAGGAGUACUUCUUCAAGGCGGCCCUGUGUCACUUCUGUAUCGAUAUGCUCAAUGCCAAGCUGGCUGUACAGAAGUAUGAAGAAAUGUUCCCAGCUUUCUCAGACUCCAGGGAGUGUAAACUGGUUAAAAAAUUGCUGGAUGCUCACGAAGAACAAAACAUAGACAGCUACACUGAAUCGGUCAAGGAGUAUGACUCGAUCUCUCGCCUGGACCAGUGGCUCACCACCAUGCUCCUGCGCAUCAAGAAAACCAUACAGGGCGAAGAGGAGGACCUGCGUUAAGCAGCUGCCCCGCAAUCCACUGCUCCUUUUCUGCGGGACUCUGCAUGGAUCAGCGGUGGAGGAGAAGGGGGGGGGGUCUUAGCAAAAGGAACUGGACUCCAAUGGCAAAUGGUUUAUUUAAUCCCUAUCUCAUAACCCCUUUCCCUGCCACUGUCUCUUCGUAUGGCGGAAACAGGACCAGGGAGCAAUGCCUGUGGACUGCUCCAGCCGGAGAGAAACGCAAACUGUAAUAAGAAGUCCUCCCAUUUCCGCUGUUUUCGCCGCGCUUCCCUUCCCGGGUCUGAGAGUCUCUCUCUUCCCAAGCCAGCCUGGAUUUCUUUCUGGCAGCUUAAAAUAACGUGUAUGGUUUAAUGUUUAAAAGUCUCUGCAGCGAGCUCAGCUUGUGGCCCCAGCUUCCUUUCCUCUUCCCUAGGAAGCUUAUUUGAAGACAUCCCAGGGAUAAGAAAACCUCUUCCCUACAGCAGAUGAGAUGCGAGAUCCCUGUUGCCUCAUGUCAGUGUAGCCCUCUGGUCCCCAUCUUGUCAAGCAGGUCCAGCCCUCCCUCCUUGAAGCAAGGUUUUUGCAAGGUUGGCCAGGCUGCCUCUCCUUUCUUUGGGAUACUGGUAUCCUUUUUUUGGGCCUGGUAUCAUUUCCCAGGAGUGGAAUUGCUUCCUGUUCUCGGGGUCAGCCUUGAGCCAGCCCCUGCUGCCUCAGCUUUCCCCCAAGUCUUGUAUGGAGGCUGCCUCGCCCCCCCCCCAAAAAAAUUUCACAAAUUCUAGCAGGGAUCUGAGAAAUCACAGACAUUCUAGGUAACUUGCACACUGUAUGAGCUAACUUAGCUUCUCCUGGUUUACAAGAAACUCUUUUUGUUCCCAGAUAGAAACGCUUCCAUCCCAACUCUUCCCCUUAUUUUGUAAGCUAGUACCCGCCUACCCAGUCGAUACAUAGUGGUGCUGCAUAUUCCUAGUUAGUCCUUGUGGGGAACUAAGCAAGAUAUUUAUUCUCCUGUUGCCUGUGGGGCAAGGAGCCACCGUUUUUGGAUUUGUGUGGCGGGUAGUCCCAAAGCUGUUCUCUGCUAGCGACUCUGUGCAGCAGCUGCCCUCUCGCUUUGCACGGCUGCUGUGCUUCAGGCUUAGUUCGAGGGCAGUGGUCCUCCUGCCAAGUGUUCUGCGUUCAUUGCCAUAAAGCUCUGUCCUUUUUGGUCCUCCCACUUGUGUUUCCUCUUGUGUUUGGGCUUUCAAAACGAAACCUUAUCAUGUAGCUGGGAGUCAAGGGUCGGCACUUAAAGGGACUUUUGCCCUUCAGUAAUUCUCAUGUUUAACUUUUUAUUAUUGAAAGCGGGGGGGGGAGCGGGAGAACUUGGAAGCUCUCUGCAUGUUUAUAAUGUCCAUCAGUGAGUGACUGCUGAUUUAAUAGUGAAAAACUUGCACACGGCAACAGGACAGUAAUUUAAAAACAACUCUGCAUGGGUGGAAAAAAGAAACCGCAAUGACGUCUUCAUGGUAGCCUCUCUCUAAGUUCCUGCUGCUUCUCUCUGAGCUUAGAUGACUUGCAUGUCUUCAAAUGUACCUUGCUGUUCUUUCCCCGGUGUUUGAGGACUAAUUCUGGCGCCUUCCCCCCCCCCCCAUUGCCCCACUAAGUUGUGGUUCCAUUUCUGAACGCUGGCUGUGAUUCUAUCUAUACAUGUCUAUAAAUCACAACUGUAUGCUUGAA